AUCGAGUGAGUACUUCUUCCAUCCUGCCGGUCCCCAUAUCGCCACCUUUGCCUAAUGGUAUCUCAAUAAGAACACUGCUCGUUUACUGAACUGAGCGGCACAUCUAGCCUGAAGUUCACGAAAUCAUGCCUGCCUUCACCACGCAUUAUGUCCCGCAUCUCCUCUACUCGCUGGCCAUCACAUCACUAGGCAUGCACAUCCUUUCUCAGCGGAAGAGUGCCGAGGCGGAACGACUACAGCUCACAGCGCAGCUGAUCAUGAAGCUUGUGCGGAGUCAUCGCACACCUGUGUCGGAGCAGGAGGUGGCGAGUGGAGAGGAGAUCUCGUGGCGAGAGGUGAUGCUGGGUCGGAAGAAGGAUGUGCGCGAGGAGGUUGAGGAGGCGAGGAGGAAGCGGGCGGAGGAAUGGGAUAGACGAGACAUGGAAACCGUGCAAAAGGAAGUUCAAUCCUCAGGUUCAUAGGACUCUACACAACGUGCCAUACGCUCCACCUGUGUCACGCUUGACCACUGAUCUUGAGGAGGUUUCUGUGCGCCACGACAGUACAAAACUGCAUCCAGGUCCUACGGCUUUAAUGUUGUCAGGGAACAAAUCGCGCCAGGGCUGGCGAAGGGCAUUACAUGCUAAUGGAUAUGCAUACACCGUUCGACGUUCGAUGGCUGUGGAUCUCGUGUGACGAGGAUUGCUGCUGCUGCUUGACUCGUGCAUCACACGAUCUUUAGGUGUCUGAUCAUCCCUUUGCGAAAAUGUAAACAUGUGUACGAAGCUGCCCGAGAGUACCACUGUCUGCGUCAGUGCUCGGACGAAGCUCAACCCUACAAAUUCAAACGACAGUCGC